CCAGGAGGAGGGGCUCCAAAGCCAGCCCAGGGUGCUCUGAGGAGGAAAGACCCACCCUGCGCCAGGAAGGUGGCCAGACCUUCAUCCAGGGCCCUGACCUGAUGGUCCACAUUCAGUUUCAACCCAGGGAAAAGCCCUACAGGUGCUUGGAGUGUCGGAAGAGCUUCGCCCAGAUCUCCCACCUCUUCUACCACCAACAGGUACACACUGAGGAGGGGCCCGUGUGAUUGAAAUUGUGAAAGAGCUUCAUCCAGAGCUCCAGGCUUAGCACUCAGCAAUCCCUGCACACUGGGGAACACCCCUACAAGUGCUUGGAAUGUGGAAGAGCUUCAGUUGGAACUCCUGCCUCAUCACCCACCAGCGUCUGCACAGUGGGGAGAAGCCCUACAAGUGUCAGAAAUGUGGGAAGAGCUUCAGCUUGGGCUCCUACCUGAUCCACCACCAGAUGAUCCACAUGGGGGAACGGCCCUACACGUGUGGGGAAUGUGGGAAGAGCUUCAGUGACUGCUCCUACCUCAUCACCCACCAGUGCCGACCCUAUAAGUGCCUGGAGUGUGAGAAGAGCUUCAGCAUCAGGUCCAACCUGAUCCACCACCAGAAGAUCCACACCGGGGAACGGCCCUACGAGUGUCCCAAGUGUGGGAAGAGGUUCUAGACCAGCUCCCAUCUCCUCAUCCAUCAGCAGACGCACACAGGGGAACGGCCCUGCAAGUGUCCUGAGUGUGGAAGAGGUUUUGGAGCAGUUCAUGACUUUUCCUGCAUAAGCAAGGGCACGAGGGGAACAGUGCUGAUCCUGUUGGGAUCUGGUCACCAGUGGUGUCCCACAGAGAUCAGUGCUGGGCCCAGUUCUAUUUAAUAUCUUUAUCGAUGAUUUAGAUGAGGGGAUUGAGUCCACC